AGAUCCGAUGAACAAUGGGAGUUAUUGGAUUGUGGAGGCUGAUUGAUGCAACGGGAAAGCCUGUACCGUUGGAGAAAUUGGAGGGAAAAGUUUUGGCUAUAGAUGUUUCGAUAUGGAUACAUCAAGUCAUACAAGGGUAUCAGGAUCGGCAAGGCAAUUCCAUACCCAAUGCUCAUCUUAUUGGAUUGUUCAAUAGGAUCUGUAAAUUGAUGUAUUUUAAAAUUAAGCCAGUUUUUGUAUUUGAUGGAGGUGUGCCGUUAUUAAAAAAGAAAACCACGGCUUUACGCAGGAAGUUAAAAUCUAUCGCAACUUGUAAAGCACAAAAGUUGAAAAACGAUUUGAUAAGCAACUUGAUGAAAUAUGCAGUGGUAAAGGGGACACUGGAUAAAGGAAACGAGGAUAGCGAAAAUAAUGCAAAGCCACGAUUCACAGAUUCUACAGUCAUUGCAGAUUCGUCUAAAUUUGACGAUAUGUACAAAUUGCCUGAUAUUGUUAAUGACGGUAAAUCGGUAAAUUCAGACGAUUAUCAAGAUUCGGAUGAGGAAUCUGAAUUAGAGCUCAGUCCUCGUAAGCAAGCAAGGUGGAUAGGGAAUAUUCAUAAUGUCAAUGUAAAUACGGAAGAAUUUAAAAAUUUACCAGCAGAUGUCAGAUAUGAUAUUUUAACAGAUUUAAAAGAGACAAGGAAACAAAAUUCUUGGGGACGUAUACAUGAAUUACCAGCGGGCUCCAAUAAUUAUUCUGGAUUUCAAGUGAAACGUUUAUUAAAACGCAGAUAUGUUCAAGAAUCUCUUGAGUUUGCUGAGAAAGAAAUGGGAGGUAAGACUCUUACUUUAGAAGAGUUAGAUAAACUUUUAACAGAUCAAGGAAUUCAGACAACGCAGAAUGACGAGAUGUUUCGCAUUGCUUCUGACAGUAAGACUCGAGUAAUUUACAUGAAAGAUAAGCCUCCCAUACAAAAUAAUGAAAAUUCUAAUGAUUUGAGUAACUUGAAUUUAAAUGAACUAUCAGAACAAGAUUCUCAUUCGAAUGAUAAAUGUAUAGACUCUGUGUCAAUUAAAUCCGAUAGUUCAGUCGCUGUAAUUGACAAUAUGAAUGCGUAUGAUUUUGAUGAAGAUUGGUAUUCCGAUGAAUCCUUCGCCGAGACCACGUUAAAUGAUUCUAAGCUAUUGACAAAAAAUGCUAUUCCUAAAACGAUUAUAAAUCCUGCUUUAUCCUACAUGUUGGAAAAUAGUGGCUUAACACGUGAUCAAAUAAUGACAAUAGUCGAACAGAGUAAGAAAAAUAAGAAGCGAUCCGAUGACAAUAGUUCUCAAGGUUCCAGUAAAAGAGGGAAGAAAUGGAACAGUCGAUACUUACGAAAUAAAUGCAAAAGGAAAAUAUUAUUUGAUUCGUCAAAGAGAAAAGCCGAAAUUCCAAAUAGUUUGGAGUCUGCGACAGAAUCUGAUGUGUUAGAUGUGGAAGAUUCACAAAAAUUUAACAGUGAAAGUCAAGAAAUUAAGAGCAUUGAUUCAAAUAAAAUAAUAACAAUGGAAUCAUCGGAUUCGGAAUCUAACGAUUUUAUCGAAAUAUCCGAACAAUUUAAUACUAAAACUCAGCAAAUAAGAACGCAUGAUUCUAAUAAGACAAUUAUUAUGGAAUCGUCUGAUUCUGAAAGUAAUGAUUUUAUUGAAAUUCAAGAUGUGCCCAUUCCAGAAUCGAUGGAUUCUACGAAAUUAAAAAGCAAUAGUAUUCAAAUAACAAUUAAAGCUGAUGAAGAAUUGCAGGAUGAUAUGUUUGCCGAUGUAUUUAGUGAUAUUCAUAAUAAGGCCGACGUAUUUAGUGAUAUUGAUAAUAAGGCCGACGUAUUUAAUGAUAUUGAUAUUAAGGCGGACAUAGUUGAUAAAAGUAAAUUAAAAUUGGUUGAUAAUCAAGAGAAAGAUAUCUUUAAAGAUAACGUUUUUGCAAAGAUAACGGAAGGAGAAAACUCCAUUCCAGAUGAAGAAUUGAAUAUAACGGAAUCAGUUAUUCUUAAAAAGGCAAGCCCAGAUGUGGCAGUAAUGGAGACAAACAUCAAAAUUAAAGAUGACGAUAUACAUAAAGAUUCAAUUGUAGAAAAAUCGGAAACUUCUUUAAUAACGGAUUCUAGUGAACGAUUGAAGGACGAGGAAUUACAAAAGGAACAUAAUUACGAAACCAUUGCCGUUCCAAAAGUGUCAACUUCGAUUUUUCCUCUAGAAGAAAAAGAGCUCGAAUCGAUGAAGAAACGUUUAGAAUUGGAUCAACAGCAAAUAUCUGAAAGCUUGGGUAAACUAGAGAGACAAGCAACGGAUGUUAAUGAUCAAAUGAAAAUUGAAGCUCAAGAAUUAUUACAAUUAUUUGGAAUUCCUUAUAUCGUAGCUCCUAUGGAAGCUGAAGCACAAUGCGCUUAUUUAGAACAAAUAAAAUUAACCGAUGGAACCAUAACAGAUGAUUCUGACAUUUGGCUUUUUGGAGGAGAGUGCGUUUAUAAAAAUUUUUUUGAUAACAAUAAAAAAGUUUUACAAUUCCUAUCGAGUGAUAUUAAUCAUCAUUUUAAACUUUCAAGAAACGAAUUGAUUCUAUUGGCUCUUUUAGUCGGUAGUGAUUAUACAAGUGGUUUGUCAGGCGUUGGUCCUGUUACAGCUUUAGAAAUCUUAGCGGCAUUUCCUUCCGACGAAAAGGAUAUUUUACGAGGUUUGCGAGCUUUUUCGUCAUGGUACAGAGCAGGAAAAUUAAGCGCCCCUGGAAAGGCAACAUUAAGGAAUAAAUUGAAAAAUGUUCAUAUCGAAAGAGGCUUUCCUAAUCAGGCUAUCGUUCAAGCAUAUGUUUGCCCAUUAGUGGAUGAAUCAAAAGAAUCCUUUACGUGGGGGAAGCCCAACUUGAUUCUUUUAGCAGAUUAUGCAAAAAAAAAGUUUGGUUGGACGAAACUUAAAUUCGAAGAAAUUAUAACACCGGUUAUGAAAAAAGUAGCGGAGAACAAAAGUCAAAGAGGAAUAGAGUCAUACUUUAAGGUCCAGUCUGUUCCAAAAUCCAUAGAAACAACUUUAAGUAAAAGAAUUCAGUUAGCUGUACAACAGCUGGGUAACAAAAGUCAAAAUAUCCACACUACCGACGAAAUAGAAAAAGUUAAAAGAACAACAAAAUCAUCAGUUGGGAAAGGAAGGAAAUUUAAAGAGGGCACUAAGGAAUUAUUGCCGAUCGCGGAAAUUAACGAAGAUGAGAAAACGGUUGAAAUAUCUCAAGAGGUAGAUGAACAACCUAGUCAAGGUAAUAAUAAAAUUCAGCUAAAAAAAUUGAUGAAUGCAAGCACAGACAUCAUUCCGCAAAAAGAGCAAGAUAAAGCUAAUGCUUUAAAAUCGAAACUUAGAGCGAUUGAAAUAUUUAGAAAAUCCAAGAAAGGACUUAACCGUAUUAAAAAAGUUAAGAAAUUUGUUAAGCAAAUCAAGGAUGAAGCUGAACUAUCGGAGAGUAGUAGUAGCUCUUAAACUUAUUAUUAAUAUAUAAGA